AUGGCACAAUCGCACGUUUCCCAACCAAUAACGCUGCGAUGUGGUCUGACAUUGCCGAAUCGACUCGUGAAAGCUUCCAUGUCAGAGGGAAUUGCGACGGCUAAAUCUCUGCCAGAGGAUAAGAUUCGCAACGUCUACCAGCAUUGGGCCAAGGGCGGUUGGGGCAUGAUCAUCACCGGAAAUGUCCAGGUUGAUGACAGAUAUCUCGGCACGGCCAACGACCUCGCGGUUGAUUCACGAGCCAGUGACGAUGCUAUUGUGGCGUCGUGGGAGCCCUGGGCAAGCGUGUGUAAGCAACACGGAACACCGACUUUGGUGCAACUCAAUCAUCCGGGUCGACAAUGCCCAAUAGGGGCCGGGACGCAUGGAUACUUUUCGAAGAAUGUGGCCCCGACCUCGAUUGGCCUUCAUAUGGGCGAUGGUAUUAUCCCCAAAGCUGUCGCUGCCAUUGCCUUCGGAAAACCGCGAGAGCUGGGAAUAGCAGAGAUCCGGGCAAUCACCCAGCAGUUCGCUCGUGCAGCACGUCUCGCCCACCGAAGCGGCUUCGCGGGCAUCGAAAUUCAUGCUGCACAUGGCUAUCUGAUCGACGCGUUUCUUACCGAGAGGACAAAUCGACGCUCGGAUGCUUAUGGAGGCUCUACGGAGAAAAGAGCCAAGUUUCUUCUCGAUAUCAUCGCCGCGAUUCGGUCAGAAGUGCCGAGCUCAUUCUGCGUAGGCGUUACAAUCAAUUCGGUGGACUCCCGGUUUCCGGAAGUUUUGGCGGAUAGAGUUCGUCAGCUAGAGCUCGUCACAUCAGCCGGUGUCGAUUUCAUUGAGAUCAGUGGCGGGACGUUUGAAAACCCACUUAUGUUCCUUGGUCCUCCGAAGGCUAGCGCUAUGGCAGACGCAAACACCAGCGACGCUUACUUUAUAGAUUUUGCGAAAAUUGUUGCAUCGAAGUUCCCAGACGUUCCGCUACUCUUAACCGGGGGGUUCCGUCGCCGCGAAGGCAUUGAGAAAGCUGUCGCCAAUGGAACCUGCUCAAUGGUAGGAAUUGUUCGCCCAGCCGCUGUGAAUCCUCUGCUUCCCAAGACUGUCAUCUUCAAUCACGAAGUCAAGGACUCUGAUGCGACGCUCUACUCACCAAGAAUUGAAGCCCCCUGGCUCAUCCGACAAAUGGGCAUUACUGCCCUUAAUGUGCAUAUGGAUAAUGUGCGUAACUUCUGUUAA